AUGAGCAGCGUCGCCAGCAGCGGCGGCGGUCGCACUAAUGCCAAAAGCAAUGCUCGUGAAUUGCUCUACGAACUGAGUGGCAACUCUGGAGGCGGUGGUGGGGGUGGUAGUGGUAGUGUUGUCGUUGUUGGCAAUGCAGUUUCUGGUUUGGCCAGCGGCAGCGGCGGCAGCGGCGGCGGCGGCGGAGGAGCUGCAGGCAUCGAGUGUCCCAGCUUUGAUGAUAGCUCGGCCUGUCCUUGCUACAAAUUCGAGGAUGGCCUCUUUCUGGAGUGUCCCGGGACCACAGCCCUCUCGCUGCGCUCCACACUUGAACGCAUCUCGGCCCCGAUACACUCGCUUUCCAUAUACGAUUUCGAUCGCUCGGUCACGUCAUUAUCGCAUGACGUCUUCCAGCCGGGCGUGCACAUUCGCCACUUGCAGUUCUCUCACUCGCAUCUGGAGGCGCUCAAGGACAACAGUUUGCGCAACGUCGGCAACACUCUCGAGUCGCUCAGCAUCGUUAAUGGCAAAUUGACGCAGCUGCCAUCACGUGCUUUGGGGUCCCUGAAAAAACUGACCGCCCUGGAUUUUGAUUACAACGAAAUUGUGCGCAUCGAUGAUUAUAGCUUCUAUGGUUUGCGAUUGUCGAAGCUCAAUAUAAAGGGGAAUAGUAUUCAGAGCAUUCCGCAGCAUGGAUUUACUGGCCUGGAGGAGUCCAUACAGGAGAUCGAUUUGUCCGAGAACGGACUUCGUACAUUUCCGAUGAUGGCGUUACGUAAAUUGGGUCAUUUGCGCAUUUUACGCCUCUCCAACAAUAAGAUCUCCACAUUCUAUGGCGACAUUCAGCUGGCCACCAAUAAUGCCUCGGCGGCGGCAGCAGCAGCAGCGGCUCUGCAGUUACCCUCGCUUAUAUUUCUCGAUCUCAGCUCGAAUCAGUUUAGUGAGAUCGUGCACGAUUGCUUUCGGGCAUUUCCGCAGCUAAAGACGCUCUCCUUCUACUCGAACCAAAUCGAACUGGUGCAGCCAGAGGCCUUCAAGAGCCUGAAAGAGCUAAUGUCACUGGACAUGUCGCACAAUCGGAUCAUCGCGCUGGAUCCGAAGGUAUUUGAUAAGAGCAAGCGUUUGCAGACUGUCGAUCUGAGUCACAAUCACAUCCAUGCUAUUGGGGGCGUAUUUUCCAAUUUGCCGCAACUCCGAGAAGUCUUCCUCUCCGAGAACAAUAUCCUCGAACUACCUGCAGAUGCGUUCACCAAUUCGACCAAUGUAGAUGUGAUCUAUCUGGAGUCGAAUGCCAUAGCGCACAUUGAUCCGAAUGUGUUCAGCACGCUUCUCAAUCUGGAUCAUCUAUAUUUACGCUCGAACUUCAUACCGUUGGUUCCUGUCACGCUCUUCGACAAGUGCACAAAGCUCUCCUCCCUCUCCCUGGACAACAAUGAGAUACAGGAUCUGGAAAUCGGAAUGUUCCGCAAGUUGGACCAGUUGCGUGAGGUGCGUCUGCAUAACAAUCGAAUAAGGCGCGUGCGAAAAGGCGUCUUCGAGCCAUUGCCAGCACUCCAGGAGCUGCACAUCCAGAAGAAUAAUAUUGAGGAUAUUGAGCCAGGCGCCUUUCAGACGCUCGCCAACAUGCAGCACAUUAAUUUACAAGACAAUCAGCUUACCGUACUGGAGGACAUCUUCCCCAACGGCCAUCCGGACAACUCGUCGCUCCUAUCCAUACAAUUGGAAGCAAACUAUUUGCACAAAAUCCAUCAGCGCACGUUCCGGCAGCAGCAACGCAUUCAGAUCAUGUGGCUGCGCGACAACCAGUUGACGAAGAUCGACAAAUCGCUCUUCGUGGACACGGCACAACUUGGGCGCUUAUAUCUGAGCAAUAACCAUAUACGGGAGAUCGAGAAGGACACCUUCGCCAGCCUCAGUCUUCUGAAGUUCCUCGACUUGAGCAGCAAUAAAUUGCGGCAGCUGCGACGCGACUACUUCGCAGCCUUGCAGAGUCUGGAGGAGCUGAACCUGGCACAGAACUACAUCGAGGCAAUUGAGGGUUAUGCGUUCAACAAGCUGAAGCAGCUGAAGACUCUGGAUCUGUCCAAUAAUCCUCUCACCCAAAUCGCGCGUGACAUCUUCAUGGACGAGUUGCCGUUGACGGUCCUGAACCUGCGGAACACCUCGUUGCGUAAACUGGAAAUGCACACGUUCAAGUCUUUGCAGAACCUGAAUGAGCUGAACUUUGAAUACAACCAUCUGAAUCCGGCCGAUAUACAGAAGCUGGACGUGCCCAGUCUGCGUCGAUUGCAUCUAUCGCAUAAUAAUUUCAGCCAUGUGGGCAUGGGCUUGAGUUCCGGAUCGGGUGGCAUUAUGGCUGGCAUGUUCGACAAGUUGCGCUCGCUGCAACACUUGUCGAUGGCCAAUUGUAGCUUGAGCGUUAUACCCGAUCAGCUGUUUGUGAAGAACACGAAUCUGGUACGAAUCGAUCUAUGCGAUAACCUAAUCACCACAAUGAAUCGCAAUAUAUUCAGUGGCCUAAACGUAUUCAAGGAGUUGCGUUUGUGUCGCAACAGUCUCGUCGAGUUCCCACACAUUGCACUCUACAAUUUGAGCACGUUGGAAACCCUAGACCUGGCCCGCAAUCAGCUAACCUCCAUUGACUUUUUCAAGCUUAGCGGCACCCUGAAUUUGCGGCAACUGAUUUUAAAGGACAACAAAAUCACUUCGCUGAGUGGUUUCAAUGCCGUCAACUUAACCCAGCUGGACAAUGUGGAUCUAAGUGGCAAUUUGCUGCUCUCCUUGCCAGCCAACUUCUUGCGGCACUCUAUCAACUUGCAGAGAGUGGAUUUGUCCAGUAAUCGCUUCCUUCAAAUUCCCAGCUCGGCACUGUCGGAUGUAUCCAUACCUCGACUCUCCUGGCUCAAUUUAACCGGCAACCCCAUCAAUAAGAUCUACACAGUCAAGGAGGAGCGCUAUCCAUAUCUGAAGGAGCUGUACAUUUGCCAGACCAACCUAUCCAUAUUGACGUCAAAGGACUUUGAGGCAUUUCAGGCCCUGCAACAUCUGCACUUGGUCAACAAUCGUAUUACGCGCAUCUCGCCCGGUGCCUUCAAAUCACUUACAAAUCUGCUGACCCUCGACAUUAGCGUUAAUGAGCUGGAAAUGCUACCCAAGGAGCGCUUGCAGGGCCUAAAGCUGUUGCGUCUCUUGAAUAUUUCGCACAAUACGCUCAAGGAUCUGGAGGAGUUCAGCACCGAUUUGGCACAGUUGCAAACACUCGACUUGUCAUUCAAUCAAUUGGAUCGCAUCUCAAAGAAGACGUUUCGCAAUCUCCAUGGACUCGUCGAACUACUCCUCAUGGGCAAUCGUAUGACCGUGCUCUCCAACGAUGCGUUCCGCUAUUUGCGAAAACUGCAUGUCCUGGAUCUGCGCAAGAAUUACUUUGAACUGGUUCCGCUCGAGCCACUCCGACCGCUGGAGACAAACAUACGCACACUCAAGCUGGAAGAAAAUCCACUGCAUUGCAGCUGCGAUGCACAAAAGCUCUGGGAAUGGCUCCGGGAUCAUCGCAAAUGGUCACUCACGCCGUCGGGCGAUAACAUUAAUUAUCUGAGGUGCGAACACCCGACAGAGUUACGCGGCAAGGUGUUUGGACGCAUGGAGCCGCAGCAAUUUUGCGACGCGCCAUUAAUACCGAAAAUGGCCAUACAGGACAUCCAGCCCUACUCAGUUGUCGUUUCCUGGCAGAGCCGCGAGCACUUGGGCCUCAAUGGCUUCGAAAUUGUUUACCAUGCGACUGGCGACAAUUUAGUCGGCACCAGCACCAGCACCGGCACCGGUGGAGUCAGCGCCGAACGAGCCCCCAUCCUGGCCCCCACAGAUGAGAUACACGGCAAACGACUAAAUGGCACGGCCAACUCGACAAAGCUGACAAAACUCAGUCCGAACACGCGCUAUCACAUCUGUGUCAUCGGAACCGGUAAUUGGCUCUCGGAGCCCGUGGCGAAUGCUCUGCAGAAGCUCCAUCAGUUCAAUGAGACAUUUGUGCCGCUCCGCGACGACCUAGUCGCCAUGGCCGCCGAUUUGCCGGCGGCCGCUCUGCCGCCACUACUCCCGGAGCCCUACUCACCUUAUCAGCCCUACCAUCACCAGCAGCAACAGCAGCAACAGCAGCGACAGCGGCAACAGAAUCUAAGGGAGGAGGAACAGCAGCAACAGCAGGCGCUAAUCGAGAACACUAUCAUCACAGACAAUGUGCUGCAAGAGGUGCUGAAGAACUCGCACAUCUCGGCCUGCACUGAUGUCCAAACACUGGACUCCACGCCCAGCCUUAUCACCGAUGAGAACGGACUGUCGAGCAACGGCUUCAUCCACUCCAUACUCACGCGUCGACUGGGGCUCAUUGUCGGCUGCUGUCUGGGCAUUAUAGUCUUCAUCGUCAUGAUCUCAGUGCUCAGCUAUGUGAAGCUGAAGAAGCAGCGCAUCGAGAAUGCCAAACGACAGGCGGCCAUGCCACCCGAAUAUAUCUCCUAUCGUCACUUCUCCAUACCCAACGAGGAGUUGACCCGCACAGCGGCCAAUGCCAAUAGCGCAGCGGCAGCAGCUGCUGUGGCUGCCGCCGCCGCCAGUGGAUCGACUGGAGCCGGCAAUGCCACGCAUAUGUCGAGUGUGCCGAGCGGCAUUAGCGCGCACAUCAGCGGUACCAGCCUGAGCACCGGCACCACCACCACCACAGCCACCACACCCAUCGGUGGCGUACCCAAGCCGUCGGGAAGUCCUAUUGUUGGGAUUGUUGGCCUGGUCGUUGACAAUGGAAGUGCCACAUCGGGCGCGACCGCGGCCGCGGCCACUACAAUCGCAUUGUCUGGCGAUAUUGUUAGUGUUGCAACCGCAGGGGCGGGAACAACUGUCUCGAUUGCACCCGCCGCCAGCUCUCCGGCCAACAACGGCGGUCACACUCACAAUCACAAUCAUCACAGCCAUCAUCUUCACCAGCAACAGCAGCCACAACAUUGUCUGCUUCUGUUUGCCAAAGUGAAUGACGUUGAGGAUAACGAGACUGAGGAUGUCGAGGAUGACGAGGAUGACGCACCAGCAGUGCAGGAAGAUGCAGUCUACUGCAUUUUACUUGCAACAAUAAAUGUGCCACAGAAAUCGCUGCAUCCCCAAUUUAGCCAAAGAUGGUUUGGUCAGAUGUCACAGAAAUAUGAUCAAACAGAUAGCAGAGCCUCAAAGGCGGCCAAAGGAGGUUGGGGGUGUGGCAAGCGUCGCAAUAACAACAUGAGCAACGAACGUGAAAUACAAUCCACGGUCCACAGUCCACAGGCCACAGUCUCCGACUGGCAACUGGCAACUGGCAGUUGGCAACUGGCAGCAGGUACAACGAUGGAGCAGUCGUUGAAGCAACCGCAGCAAAUGGCAAUAGAUAAGCAGUGUGAUGGCGGCGAUGGCGGCGCCGAACGCAAAUAA